AUGGCAGGCGAGGAAGAUCCCAACCGCAACAAGCAGACUCCUUCCUCGCCUGAGCGCUCUCGGCAGUGGCCUGACGAUGAGAAUCCGUUUGUCGCUUUCCGCCGAUUUGCCGAUGAACAGAUAUCUUCGAUGCUACAGUCGGUAAUGGGGCUCCCCUCCAUCUCAACGCACCCGCAGUCCGAUCGAUGGACCAUCUUCGCCGACGAACAGAGUUACCGGGACGCGCAAAUGCGCCAACGGCAGCGCCAGGACUACAACAAUAACAAUAACGGGAGUGAGAAUGGAGAUACCUCGGAAUCCAGAACUCAGGAACGCUCGUCAACACAGGAUAAUAGCUUCCCGCUGGGUCCCUCUCGAUCGCGCUGGUCAGGACCAGAGAACCUCUUCGACAUUGACAUGUUCUUCGAUUCCUUCUUCGACCGCUUCUGGCUCGAUGAUCACGUCUCGUCUCGCUUCUUCCAGCCAUACCACCGUCCUCUUUUUUCUAGCAUGAUGAGUGCCGAUUCACCGGCGUGGCCGGUCAACUAUCUCAUGUUCAGUCCAUAUUCGCCUCUACACCUGGAACGCCAGGCGCGUUAUCAGUCUCAGCGUGACCGUGGGGUCUUUUCGUCUAUCAUGUCGUCCAUGAGUCCUUCGUCUGAAUUUGAAUCUGAAGAGCCGAGGUGGAGGGAAGCUUUUGAGGACCUGUUGCGGCUUGAGAACGGAAAGCCUAUGCUAGAUCGCGAACCGAAUGCCGUUGUCAAGCCGGAAUCAGGGAAGGACUGGCUACAAGGACUGGUGAAACGGGGCAGCUUGGGUGACCACUGGAAGUAUGCUGCUGGAUCAGACAGUCAGCCCUGGUCCAGGAUAACAUUGGAGCGUGCGGACCGCGGUAAAGAAACUGAUCGCGCCUUGCCGGAGGGAGAGAAAUCUGAUACGUCUGUCACGAAGGAAACGGAAUACCAGCCUUUGACUGAGCUGGAUCUUUACGACCGUUUUCUUGCAGACAUCGAAGCUCGCGAGCGCGACUUCUUCGGUGACUUUCACCACAGCCCUCUCUUACGCUUCCUCCUGGAAGACCGCCGCAGAGGCCGGGAUGCUAUUCUUCCCUCAGAGAAGGAGCAUGGAGACGAAGAUACAGAGACCUGGUUGGAGCUCGUUUCUGGUGGGAACAGGCAUUCUGUCCCCGAGCCUCCUAAGGAGCUGACUCCCUCAUCGGCUCCUGCUGUAGAAGCUCCUCCAGCUAUCUCCCCGGCGGAGAAGACUUACGUGGUCUCGACCCAAAUUAGCACAGACCGUGUACGCCUCCCCGAUGGGUCUAUCCAGACAAAGACCGUAAAAACCAAGCGGUUCUCGGACGGCCGCGAGGAAACGAACGAGGCCACCGAGGUUGUCAACCCGCCUCAGCGCGACCAGCACUCUAAUGAUCAGCAAGGUUCUACUCCUGACCAGAAGAACAACGGCUGGUUCUGGAAAGACUGA